AUAUGUUAAUUGUCAGAACAUGAAAAUACCAGCAGAUUCCUAGGCCUGUGAAAUAAUUCUUAAUCUCAUAAAAGUAAUAAUGGUUAAAAUAGCGCUUCAAAUCAAAGCAUCAUUUGAAUGUAUUGAGAAAUUGUAUACUAAUCAUCCUUACUACCAGUGGUUUUUAAAACUAAAAUGCUGUAGUUGUGGCGAGGAAUCAGACAAGUAUCACGAUCUUACUGAAGCCGAAAAAGUCCCACAAAAACAUAAUAGAUCAGAGUCUAACUUGCUUAUCAAGUGUAAAUUGUGUUCCAGAGAAAAUAGUAUUGAUGUCAUUGAAGGAAGCAAUGGUAUAUUAACUAGUGAAGAUGAAAAUAAAUUCAAGACAAUAGUUAUAUUUGACUGUAGAGGAGUAGAACCUGUGGAUUUUCAACCGAAAUCUGGCUGGAUUGCUGAAGCAGUGGAUAAUGGUAAGAAGUUUGAAGAGGUAGAUUUAUCAGAAAAGGAGUGGGCAGAAUAUGAUGAAAAGAAUCAAAACUCAGUGGGUGUAUAUGAGCUUGAAUGGAAUUUUAUAAAAGUUAAGUAAUUACGUUUUACUUAUUUUUGUUGACUAUAAUUAAAAUGAUUACGACUUUU